CUCCGUCUCUGCUCGCUCUUCCUUGUGUCUCCCCAGUGACUGUCAGUAUUAAUGCGUGCGUCGAUGUCUACAGCAAAGGACCUCGAGGCUAACUUGAAGACGUCGCAGUCGUCGUCGCUGGUGUCUGGCGAGAACUACAUCACGGCCUCGUCGUCGUCGCCACUCACGCAAGAUGGCCACAAGCAAUCGCACUUCCAGGCCUUCAAGGACUCGUUCAAGAAGCUGGAGCCCGUCAUCGAUGAGUCUGAGCUACCACCAGACGCAACAGAGGCAGAGCGUAACGCUUUCAUCCUCCAGAACACCCCGUUGCAGAAGUCGUUGAAGACCAGACACCUGAGGAUGAUCGCCAUUGGUGGCUCCAUCGGCACAGGCUUGUUCGUGGGCUCAGGGUCUGCCCUGGCCACUGGUGGUGCUGCCUCGCUGCCUAUUGCGUGGACCAUCGUGGGAACAAUUGUGUUUUGCGUGAUCCAUGCUCUCGGUGAAUUGCAGUGUAUGUACCCCCAGGCUGGUGCCUUCAGUGCACACGCCACUAGGUUCAUCGAGCCGUCAUGGGGGUUCGCCAUGGGCUGGAACUACGUAGGACUGUGGAUCGUCGUUCUGCCUCUGGAAAUCAUCGCCGCGUCGAUGACGGUGACGUAUUGGAACGAUAACAUCAACCCCGUUGCGUGGGUCACCAUCUUCUACAUCGCCAUCGUCUCAAUCAACCUGUUUGGUGUGAAAGGUUACGGUGAAGCUGAGUAUCUGUUCUCUUUGAUCAAACUGUUGGCCAUCGUGGGCUUCCUCAUCCUGGGCAUAGUGCUGGUGUGUGGAGGUGGGCCAGAAGGUGGCUUUGUUGGUGGAAGAAACUACAGAGACCCAGGUCCAUUCACCAAUGGGUUCAAGGGUAUGUGCACUGUCUUCGUCACCGCUACUUAUUCGCUUGGUGGUACUGAGCUCAUCGGUUUGGCUGCUGCUGAGGCAGAAAACCCCAGAAAGACGCUUCCUUCUGCUUUAAAGCAAGUGCUGUACAGAAUUGUCCUGUUCUACAUCGGCUCUUUGACGUUGAUUUCCCUUCUCGUGAACGCUCAGGAUGAUAGAUUGCUCGGAUCAAGCUCAGCUGAUGCCACUGCUUCGCCAUUCGUCAUUGCUAUCAACAACGCGGGCAUCAAGGGCCUCCCUUCAGUGAUGAACUGUGUGAUCUUGGUCUCGGUCAUGUCCGUCGGUAACUCUGCGGUCUACGGUGGUUCUCGUACCAUUGCAGCGUUGGCAGCUCAAGGUUUAGCACCAAAGUGCUUCAACUACAUCGACCGUAUGGGUCGUCCAAUCUUUGGUAUCCUGCUGAACUCUGCGUUCGGUGCAUUGGCUUACCUCGUUGCAUCUGAAGACCAGAAUACGGUUUUCGCCUGGCUCAUGGCCAUCACAGGACUGUCUGUUAUCUUCACGUGGAUGUCCAUCUUGAUCUGCCACUUGCGUUUCCGUAUGGCUAUGAAAGCACAGGGACACUCCCUUGACGAAUUACCAUUCACAUCACAGGCUGGAGUCCUUGGCUCCCUGUACGGUAUCGUAUGGCUGGUGAUCUUCCUCGGCGUUCAGUUCUGGGUGGCGCUCUUCCCAUUGGGCUCCUCAAGCGCAAACGCAAAGAACUUCUUCCAAAACUACUUAGGUGCCAUCAUCAUCCUCGCGAUGUACAUUGCAAGAAAGCUAUGGUCCCGUAAACUCAAUGAGUUCAUUCCAUUGGCUGAAAUACCUCUUGACGUUGGUAGGGCAAAUGUGGAUAUCGAUCUCUUAGCACAAGAAAUGGCUGAAGAAAAGGCCAUCCUCAGGACAAAGCCAUUCUGGUUCAGAGUUUACAAAUUCCUCUGCUAAUCAUAUUCAAGUAGAUUAAUCUCUAUACGCAUUGAAUGUUCAACACGUGGAUAUUCAAAGAACGCUAACAAACAUCACGAACACUGACACCCUUUUAAUGUUAUCUUCAUGGACAGAGCAUUUCACCCCGGUAAUGAUUAUAUGGUUUUCAAUAUCAU